UUUUCCCCAGCUAGUAAUAACCUGCUGUUGGAUAAGUGCACUUUUUUCUUGCUACCACUCGUGCAAACGCAUAAGCAGAGGCAGCAGAAGCACAUUUAAUUCACAUGGUGGGGACUUAAGACCAGAGAAAGACAUCUGGAAGCUGGUUACCCCGAAAUAUUUAAUCUACUAUCGCUGAAAUCAGUCGUAGAGGGCCCAAUAAAAGAACACACGCCGUUCUGUAACAUUUUAUUAUCGUCACUGUUAACGAACGAGCCAACAUUGCUGGACAAAAUAAGGUGCCCGAAAUAGGAUUCGGUUUGUUUACCGCUUUCCAGGCAAGCUUUGGUAGUAACACAGAAAAGUAUUUCUGUCAGCAUGCAUGCAGCUAUUUUGCGAUUCCAGGGCUGCUAGCUUGUUAGCCAGCUAGCUGCACCGUGCGUGCGAGUCGUGUUCGCUGAUGUUGAAUUGUCUGACCUCACUUUUUCUUUUACACAGCUGUGUGUGAAGGAGAUCGCGCCCGUGCUCUAGUGCCGGAGAGUUCUCUCACUGUUAAGUGUCGCCAGUAUGCAUUGCACUGCCCGUGUUACAUCGUACGCGGACAAAGCAAACCAGUUUAUGGUUUAUUUUGCUGACUAAAAUGGACGAGUCGUCGCUGUUGGAUUUGCUCGAAUGCUCGGUAUGUUUGGAACGGCUGGACACGACCGCCAAAGUAUUGCCGUGCCAGCACACUUUCUGCCGCCGCUGCCUGGAGAACAUUGUUUGCUCCCGCAAUGAGUUGCGCUGCCCGGAGUGUCGGAUACUGGUAGACUGCGGCGUAGACGAUUUACCAGCAAACAUCCUCUUGGUACGGUUGCUGGAUGGGAUUAAACAGCGACCGAGAAACGGAGGAAGACCGUCGCUGACCGGGGUAUCCCUCGGAUGUGCUGCUGGAGUUUCGGCUUCUCCUCCAGGGACUGCUAUCCGAGACUUGCCCGUUGCUACACGGAGCUCUCCAGUCAAGAAUGUUCCCCAGCUGCCCUGUGGGAAAGCUCUCUACAGCUAUGAGGGCAAGGAACCAGGUGACCUCAAGUUCAAUAAGGGUGACAUCAUCAUCCUGCGCCGCAAGGUGGAUGAGAACUGGUACCACGGGGAGCUGAAUGGCAGCCAUGGCUUCCUGCCCGCCAGCUACAUCCAGUGCAUCAAGCCCCUGUCCCAGACCCCACCCCAGGGCAAGGCCCUGUAUGACUUUGAGAUGAAGGACAAGGACCAGGACAAGGACUGCCUGACUUUCACCAAGGAUGAAAUUCUGACCGUGAUUCGGAGAGUGGACGACAACUGGGCAGAGGGAAUGCUGGGAGAUAAAAUUGGAAUUUUUCCGAUUUUAUAUGUGGAGUUGAAUGAAGCAGCGAAGCAGCUUAUGGACGUGAGCAAGCCCAUCCCCAACCCGGGCCCCAGUACCGAGCCCGGCUCUCCGGCUGGGCCCUGCUCCGGGCCGGGCCCUGCCGUCAAUGGCAACGGGCCGAACGGCGCCAUCCACCGCCGUUUGGACGGCAAGAAGAACGCCAAGAAGCGCCACUCCUUCACGGCGCUCAGCAUGACUCAGCGCACUGCGCAGGCGCUCAACAACCGCCACUCCAUGGAGAUCAGCGCGCCUGUGCUCAUCAGCUCCUCCGACCCCCGCGCCGCCGCCCGCAUCGGGGACUGCCCCCACCUGUCCACCAGCGCCCCCUCGCAGGACUCUUCCUCUUUCGCCGGGACGUCGGGCGUGGCCGUGGUCGUUCCGCCGCGGGUCACCUCCGUCGCCGGGGAGCUGCUGGCCGCCGCCAAAGUCCAGCUGCCGCUGAACAUAUACCUGGCUAUGUACGCCUACAAGCCCCAGAAGGCCGAUGAGCUGGAGCUGCGGAAGGGGGAGAUGUACCGUGUAACGGAAAAGUGCCAGGACGGCUGGUUCAAGGGCACCUCCCUACGCAGCGGUGCCUCCGGAGUCUUCCCUGGGAACUACGUCACCCCUGUGUCCAGGGCCCCCUUCGCGGUGGGGCAGUCCCGCGCCUGCCUGCCCGCUUCGGCCCAGGGGGUGAAGGUGGUGUCGGGUUCGCCGGGGUCGGCCGGGCCCUCCAGCCCGGUGCUGCUGGGAUCGGGGUCCCGCCCCGCCGCCCCUCUGGCAAACCCCUCCUCCUCCCCCCAGCUCCAGCCCGCCGCCAUGCACCUGAAGAACUGCCUGCGCCUGGCGGCCCAGCCCACGCCCGGCCAGGCGCGCGCCGCCCUGCAGCUGGUGCACAGCCCUCCUGCAGGCAGCCCGGAGCGCCCCACAGCCGCCGUGUCCCCACUGCGUCCCCACGGCUCACCCACUCGGUCCCCGGGCCCCUCAACACGGCCCCUGUCCAUGGUGUCCCCCCAACACUCCAACCACUCCCCCUCCCUGACCCCCAUGGCCCGCUCCCCCAUCCCCCUCACCUCCGCCGCUGUUGCCAUCACCCCGCCCAACGUCAGCGCCGCCCACCUGAACGGGGAGGCGUCGGCCAUCCCGCUGCAGCCCUCCUCCCCCGCCCAUCCCCAUGGCGCCGCUGCCAGCCUGCCCAAACUGGAGGAGAAGAAAGCAGAGAAGAAAGAGAAGAAGACUGGAGGUGGUCUGCUGAAGCUUCUUUCCGGAGCUGCAGCUAAGAAGAAGUCUCGCUCGCCCCCCUCAGUGUCCCCGACCCACGACCCCCCCGCGCAGGCCUCAGGCGAGGCGGCGCAGGGCGCGGUCAGCAGCCACGGCCGGGCGGGGUCCUGCCCCAUCGAGAGCGAGAUGCAGGGGGCCAUGGGCAUGGAGCCCCUGCACAGGAAGUCCGGCUCCUUGGACCUCAACUUCUCCGUGUCCCCCCCAGCCCGCACGGCCUGCUCCUCCCUGCUGGCCCUCCGGCCCGAACCCAAGCCCCUGUCCCGUGAGAGGUACCGGGUGGUGGUGCCCUACCCGCCUCAGAGUGAGGCGGAGAUCGAGCUGAAGGAGGGCGACAUCGUCUUUGUGCAUAAGAAGCGCGAGGACGGCUGGUACAAGGGCACCCUGCAGCGCACCGGCCGCACCGGCCUCUUCCCCGGCAGCUUCGUGGAGAGCUUCUGAGCACCGGGUCCUUCAGGCAGACGCGGGGCAGCCCAGCAAUGCAGGGAGCCUUCUAGAGAAGCCCGGGAACUCGCCCAACAUCCUUAAAGACGCCUUCAGAAGAGGCUCUCCCUGUGGAUGAAGGCGCCCGCUUCCUGUCACACGCGAAGGAGCCCGACGACGACGCAGCAACCAGUCAGAAAGGAGCAGAGAGGCGGGGGGAGGAGAGCCAUUUUAACUCACUGCCAUUGCUAUUAUUUGUGUUUUUGUGUCUGAAAACACACAAAAAAACAUCACCAUCAGCUUGGUCACCUUCAGAGAGGGCACACCCAGACUGGAGCCGGGGGUGGAGGGGGUGGGGCGGGGGGCGAGGGGGUGAGGGGGUGAGAUGGAUGGAGGGACAGAGGGGAAAGAGGAAGGGAGGGAGAGAAUGUGACCCCAUUCUGUUACCCCUCUACACCAGAAGCCAGCUCUCAAAUACUGGUGAGGCUCCAGCAGUGCCUUCGAUCUCAGAGCCACCUUAGCUCUGGCCCCGCCCCUCCCCAGCUCCACCCUCAGCUCCACCCAGCCCCUCCCCGGUGGCUGAGGGCCUGACCCUCUGCUCCAUUGUGGGAGAGCUCCAGCUCCUCCUCCUGCCCCAGUUCCUGCUAAUGUAAACUUUUGCUUUUCUUCUCCUGUAUUUCUACUGUAAGUUAUUGUGAAGCAGCUGCAGUGAUCUCUCUGUCUUCCCAUGGGUCUCUGGAGGAGCAGUUGGCAGGACUGUAGCGUUCUCUUAGGGCUCAGUCUACCCCCUCUGCAGAAGGGAAUUAAUGAGCUGCUUUACAGGGUACGCUCAGAGCUGGUAUUGAGUGUCCUCUCCACAAACGUGUUUCAGCCGUGUGGCAUGUUCUGUCAGCACAAGUAUUUCAGCAGCUUGUCCGGCUGUCUGAAUUGGCCCACAUUCGGGUUGGGUUCGUCUGAAUAAGAAAGCAUUCGUUUGACCUCGUUCUGCUACUCCUCACACUGUCCACAGUAUAGGCUAGCGCUGUAGUGUGGAACCUUGGUUUUGCCCUGGUGUCCACGGCUGCUCUUCUCCACAGCUGCUCAGCGCUUCAUUGGCUCUCGGGUUUGGCACCACGGCGUGCGGUGUGCAGACCGCAGUUCUGCACGGUGGGAAAACAACCAAGAGGCAACAUUACACACUUUCACACCAAGAGGAGCCAAGCACCACCUCUUCGAAGCGGUUUCAGGUUUGCUUUGACCAGGCGCGUUUGAGGCUUCGUUUCCCUCAAACAGACACGCGCCGACGCAACCGGGCUAACGCAACUGUGGCUGUGCUUGUGGCAUAAAAAGGAUAAUGGCAAAGCAGAGCGGUUGCGUUGUGAACGUGUCUUUGGUGGGAAUUCUACAAGAGGGUGGGAGGUAAACAAAACCUUCUGAUUUAAAAGGCCCAAUAAAGCUGAUCGCCAGUGGGAACAGUGGUGAUUAGACUGAGCGGAGUGUACAAGCACAGCUUCAUUUUAGCAUGACGGCUCAGCGGGGAGGACAGCUGUCCCCCUGGGAGCAGUGUCCCGCAUACACACCCCCUACACCCUUCCCCCCCCUUGCCGCUUGCUUCUUUAUUGCAUUACACCACAAAGCACAAUUACCAUCUCACCCGCAAUUAUCAAACCACUCCUUCUCGUUUCCUCUUCCCCUUGCUCAGACCUGGAGGUGGACGUGAGGAUCCUUGUUUCCUCUUAAAGGGGACGCGUGGAAGAAGCACAAACUCAAAAUGCAGACAAAUUAAGAAUGUCUCGAAUUUGGUUCCAGUUUCAAAAUUCAUUUUUAUUUGCAUUUAAAAAAGCUGAGGCCUUUGUAAACAAUUGAGCAAAGCAUGAUGGGACUCUUGGUACUCUGGAGUCUCCUGUUUUGAAAGAACAGAUGACUGCUUUGAUUGUCCAGUGUGGUUUUACAUUAAUUCAGCUGAACAAGCACAAAGCCACUCUCCCUGGAAGAGUCGGAACCGGAGACGUUAACAGAGGAGAUUCCCUUUAUGUAAAAACAGAGGCAAGUGUUUAGGGUUUGGAGGAAAGACUGCGGUUUAUGCUGCUGCUUGCACAAGCAGUUGAGCUGUUUUCUGAGAAAUGUUCAGAAUAGUUAUCUUUUAAAUUGUUUAUGAAAUUGGAAUGCUAGAUUAAUUCUGUUUAAUGGAAUGGAUUACCCUCAGGAAAAACCUUAUUGGACUCAAAGUUUCCUGCUCAGACCUAGGAAAAAAUAUUUUAAAAGAUGACUUAUCAAAAGUCUUAUAAAACGGUGUAAAGAUUGUUUUAUUGGAUUUUAUCCGGUCGCGUUUUUAUAACUUAUAUAUUAUAUACUAUUAUAAUAUUUUUCAAGUUGACAUGCAGUAUUUAGUGUUUGAGCAGUAUGGUCUCACAGGCACAGUGAAGUAUUUAUUCAGCUGGGUGCAGUUUUAUUCUUGUCCUCCUCUGCCUGAUUGAUAUGAAAGUGCCUGCGAAGGAGAGGAGCUGUGUGCUGAAGCCCCCAGAGCGUUCUGUGUCGCUUGUUUAGCCCUGGUUCUGGUCCCUGUGGGAGCCGGCUCUUCGUUACAGACCGGGCUUGGUGAGAAGGUCCGAAGCGUAGCCAGCUUCUUCCUUCUCCCCCGCAGAGGCAGCUGCUGCUGAAAGGCACCUCAUUCAUUUCCCGGGCAAACGGCCACGUGGUCACGCGGAGACCCCGGGUGGAGUUUAAAGGGCCGUUUGUGAGCUAAUGAGGCCAGCCUCAGACCAGAGGCCCGCAGUCCUGAGGCCAGAGACCGGCCCGGCCAGCGAUGGGCUAUCAGCAGGCUAACCUGGAGGCAGUGACCAGCUAGCAAUGUGCUAACCACAGGCUAACCUGGAGGCAGUGACCAGCUAGCAAUGGGCUAACCGCAGGCUAAGGACAGGCUGACCCGGACCCAGCAGCAGGCCAGAAGGUCCAUUCUGACAGAGACGCGGGGCCUCGUUCACUCUGCGCUCAUGGCGACAGGCUGUCCCAGUCACGUGGUCACAUGACCCUGCCCGCAAUCCCGUUGUAACGGUGACAUUAAGGAAGCACAAACUCAUUACAGGCUGGGUUAUGUUAUUUCAUCAGAACCCACGUUUAAAGCACAUUUCUCUAAUUAAGUAUUUGAUCAAUAAAAUGGAAUCUCCUUUACAGAUUCAAAAUAAAUGUAAAAAUCAAAACCCAAAAUGAGGUAGCAGUUUGAUCUGCUGUCUCGCUGAGAUGCGUUUGGAGGAGUCCGGGUUUUCCCAGAUCGUGGGCCGGGACAUUGGGCACUAAUACGCCCCGUUGUUGGGUGAGAGGCUGUGGUAUUGCGUCUCCUCCCCCACUGGAACUUUCAUAGCCGCAGCCGCUCUCUGUCUGUCCCUGGCAGGAGACGGUAGCCUGCGCUAGCACCCCCAAUAACCUUGAGCCAGGGUUGGGGCCCUGGAUAUCUGCGCAGAGCUUGUUUCCCAGCCUCCCUGAUAAGCGCACUUCAUUAGCCUUAUCGCCGCAGAUGUGGCCCAGGGCUUCAUGGGUAAUGCGGCUGAGGAGGCAGGCACAGGUGCUGAAAGGCGAGGGCGGAUUUACGAUCUCUUUCCCCGAAAGGACAACAGGCCGGCCCCCUCAUCUUCGCCCGCCUCUUCCACACACCGAUGGAGCUGUUUUCCUUCCUUCGCCGUCUUCCCGCCUUCUCUCACUGCCAAACAAGUGGCGUACUUUUGUCACGACAUUAGCUUUGAGUCGCUCAAAUCGACCGAAGGUGUUAUUUUUGACCUUGGCGGGUCCCAGCCUGCGACCGUCUUGACAAAGCCAUUGGGAUGCGGUCCAGGGCAGCGGAUUAGCCUUUCUGCGGGUAGACGUAAAGCACAAGCUCAUUUCUGCCAGUAGGAGGCGCUGUUUCCUCACAUUGACCCAGGUGAUGGGGAGGGGCAGAUCACUGCAGUUGGCCAUCUUGGUAUUUGUUGUUAUUCAGCGUUUCCCUCAGUCUGCCCUGUUGCAGGUGGCCUGCGCUGUCUGUGGGCCACUGAGAUGAACUUUAACAAAGGUGGUUUGUUCGACACAUUCAUGCCUGAUUAUUCAGAAAGAUUUUUUUACAUUAUUGCAAAAAAAAAAGAGGAAAAUAUACAUUGUGGCACCAUUUUUGACAAGAGACUAAGGAUGUCCAGAAGUCCAGGCUGAGGAUGCUACACUCAGCGCUGGUAACAUGGCGUUCCAGCUCAUUCUCAUUUACACAGUCUUGUGUUAACCUGUGGUUUGGUUGUUUUAUUUUAAGUCAAGUGCAUUUUCCGAAAUAAAUGCCUUUGUUUUAAAA